CUCUCUCUCUCUCUCUCUCUCUCAAUUUUACGCCAAUUUUUUGGAAAUGCCCGCGCUCUUUAUUUGCCGAUAUUUCCAAUUUCCAUUAUCAUUUCAAUCUACAAACUUCACCACAUUCUCUCUCUCUAAAUCCUUUCCUCAUCUUCAAGCAAUCCCCGAUCUCUUUUAGAAAAUGGCAAAAGGAACCAGAGGAAGAGGCAGGAUUGCAUCACGACAGUGUCAGGGAGAACCAUACCCCUCACCAUCUGGUAAUCAUUCAGUGGACAUGAAUGAAAAGAAAUGCUCCAAAAAAUCUGAAAAGAAAUGCUGGGAUGAUGCAAUAUGUUCAGUAUGUAUGGAAUAUCCUCACAAAGCUGUCCUUAUUCUGUGUUCCUCUCAUGACAAAGGCUGUCGUCCCUACAUGUGCGGGACUAGCUUCCGCUUCUCAAAUUGCCUUAAGCAGUACAAGAAAGCUUACACUAAAGUAACAUUUCCACGGCACAGUCAAUCUCCCCGUGGUUCAACUAGUAGCCUGACCACAGCCCCAUUUUCUGCCUGGCACGCUGGGACAUGUGAGACCAUUGAACUUGCAUGUCCUCUUUGUCGUGGACAGGUGAAGGGGUGGACAGUGGUUGAACCUGCACGAGAAUACCUAAAUGCUAAGAAACGAAGUUGCAUGCACGAUAGCUGCUCUUUUGCUGGAAACUAUAAGGAGAUGCGUAAACAUGUUAAGGCAGAGCACCCAUCUGCUAGGCCACAUGAAAUCAAUCCCCUGGUUGAACAGAAAUGGAUGCAGCUUGAACGGGAACUAGAGAGGAAUGAUGUCAUCAGUGCAGUAACAUCAGCAGUGCCCGGGGCUGUUGUUUUUGGUGAUUAUGUAAUUGGAGAGCACUCCGGUUCUGAAUCAGAGGAUGAGGAUGGAUUUGAUGCAGAAGUAGAGCAGAAUGAAGAUUUCAGAACGAGAGCCGAUGGCAGUUGGAUGAGCUUUCUACUUUUUCUGCAGGCCUUUGGUUCAGCACAUGGUAGUCGUUCAGAUAGAGAUAUGAGGCAUCAGGGUAUAGAUUCAAAUCAUGGACUGGGUGAAGGCACUGUUGGUAUUAACAACCCCCCUCAGAUUGGUACUUCUGGUUGCCCAGAUGAAGAUAGUGAUGGUAUUGCCGAAGAUGUUCAAGAUAAUCCAACCAUACAACAAUAAUUCUGCAUCUCACCAAGGUAGUGUUGUCAAUUGAAGUUUCAAAAUGGUAAGGAAAAUAUGAAAUUUUAGGCUCACUUUUAGUCUUAAAAUGUAAUAAUGUACUCCAUAACUUUUUAACUAUACUCUGACAUGGCCUUCUCACUGAUGCUCAAAAGUUGAUGUAUUGUAUGAUAGGAUGGUCUGGAUACAUUGCAGGGUCAGAAAGACACUGUUCAUUUGUAAUUUUUAGUCUGUAACUUUGGUGAUUCUGUGAACAUUUUACUUGUCAAUAACAGAAAUUGAUGUAGUUUUUCUUGUAAUUUCAUUAAUCUUUUUAAUCAAAACCCUUUCAAUACCA